GAGGUACCGGCGUACGACUGAGGUACUCGGAUAAUGAUCUCCCUCCCCCUGUCUUGGCCCCACCUCUGCUCCCAUCUGUUUGGGCUCUUCCCUUCCACUGAGAAACAGUCCGCACGUUGAACUCCCCCUUUCGCGGUCCCUGCUGCCAGUGCUGCUGCUUGCGGGACACCUUGGCAUUGUAGCAGUAGGCAGGGCAGGGGGAAGAUGUACAAGCCUUAGUAGCCGCUGCCGUAUCGGGCACAGACGAGCUCAAUUAAAGGAGUGUUUUCAGACGCGGAGACCUACUCAUACAUCCCGGGAAGCUCUCGCUCUGUGUGCACUUUCUUUCAUAGAAAACUGGGAACAAGUUUUUUUUUCCGUCAGAGGGGGAAUUGGCAUUGGACUGGGCGCCGCUGGAAGCGGAUAUUCCCGGGCUGUGGCUGGGCUUGGAGCGUCCCUGUCUGGAAGAAAGACUGUUGCGAGUGGAGCCGCUAAGCGAUGUAUUUAUCCCGGAACCCCAGCGGAGCGGCAUUGGCUGCGAUACUCGUGGCUCUGAUUCUCUCCUGCAACUUUCCAUCUUCUACCGCAGGCAUGUACCUAAAGCAGAAACUACCUUAUCUAUCAUCAUCUACAAAAGCACAAGGAAUUGAAUAUAGUGAUGUUCUACCAGACUCCUUCCCAUCAGCCCCAGCAGAGUCCUUACCACAUUUCCUGUUGGAACCAGAGGAUGCCUAUAUUGUGAAGAACAAGCCUGUAGAAUUAGUAUGCAAGGCAAACCCAGCCACACAGAUCUACUUCAAGUGCAAUGGGGAAUGGGUCAACCAAAACGACCACAUCACCAAGGAAAGAGUGGAUGAUGUGACAGGCCUCGUGGUACGAGAAGUCCAGAUUGAGGUCUCCAGGCAGCAGGUAGAAGAACUUUUUGGCUUGGAAGAUUAUUGGUGCCAGUGCGUUGCUUGGAGCUCAGCAGGAACAACCAAGAGCAAAAGAUCUUAUGUCAGAAUUGCCUAUUUGAGGAAGAAUUUUGACCAGGAACCCUUGGGCAAGGAGGUAGCUUUAGAACAGGAAGCAUUACUUCAGUGCCGUCCCCCAGAAGGAGUACCACCUGCUGAGGUGGAGUGGCUAAAAAAUGAAGAAAUAAUCGAUCCUACAAAAGACACUAAUUUUCUCAUUACAAUUGACCACAACCUUAUAAUUAAACAAGCCCGUCUUUCAGACACAGCCAACUACACCUGUGUUUCUAAGAACAUUGUCGCCAAGCGCAGAAGUACCACAGCGACUGUAAUUGUAUUUGUCAAUGGAGGAUGGUCCUCUUGGACAGAAUGGUCCCCAUGUAACAAUCGCUGUGGCCAUGGCUGGCAGAAAAGAACAAGAACAUGUACCAACCCAGCUCCACUCAAUGGUGGCACAAUGUGCGAGGGGCAACAAUACCAGAAAUUUGCUUGUAACACUAUGUGCCCAGUGGAUGGAGGCUGGACUGAGUGGAGCAAGUGGUCAGCCUGCAGCACUGAGUGCACACAUUGGCGGAGUAGAGAAUGCAAUGCACCCACGCCAAAGAAUGGAGGGAAGGAUUGCAGUGGAAUGCUGUUGGACUCUAAAAACUGCACCGAUGGAUUGUGUAUGCAAAACAAAAGAGUUUUAGGUGAAACAAAAAGCCGUUUACUAGAAUCUACAGGGGAUGUGGCUUUGUAUGCUGGCCUAGUUGUUGCCAUUUUCAUUGUCAUCAUCCUGCUCAUGGCCGUGGGCAUAGUGGUCUAUCGGCGCAACUGCCGAGAGUUUGAUACAGACAUUACAGACUCAUCAGCUGCCCUUACUGGAGGGUUUCAUCCAGUCAACUUCAAAACCUCUAGACACGACAAUUCUCAGCUUAUUCACCCUGCCAUGCAGCCAGAUUUAACUGCGAAUGCUGGCAUAUACCGUGGUAAUAUGUAUGCCCUGCAGGACUCUGCAGAUAAAAUCCCCAUGACCAAUUCCCCUUUGCUGGAUCCACUACCAAACCUGAAGAUUAAGGUCUAUAACUCAUCUACAGUAGGCUCCAGUCCUGGGAUCCAUGAUGGGAACAACCUGCUUGGGACAAAGCCCACUGGCACAUACCCUUCAGAUAACAACAUAAUGAAUGCCAGAAAUAAAAAUAUGAGCAUGCAGCAUCUGCUCACUUUACCUCGGGACUCUAGUAACAGUGUAACAGGGACAUUCGGAAGCCUCGGUGGAAGACUGACAUUUCCUAACACAGGGGUGAGUUUACUGAUUCCUCAAGGGGCAAUUCCACAGGGAAAAUACUAUGAAAUGUACCUAAUGAUCAACAAACGAGAAAACACUGUUCUGCCUUCAGAAGGGACACAAACCAUUUUGAGUCCCAUAAUCACUUGUGGUCCUACUGGGCUCCUACUAUGCAAGCCAGUUAUCCUCACUGUUCCCCACUGUGCAGAUAUCAACACAUCAGACUGGAUUUUACAGCUGAAGACCCAGUCGCAUCAAGGCAACUGGGAGGAGGUUGUGACACUGAAUGAAGAAACUCUUAAUACACCAUGUUAUUGCCAGCUGGAAAGUCACUCAUGCCAUACCUUGCUUGACCAGCUGGGCACCUAUGCUUUUGUGGGAGAGUCCUACUCCAGAUCUGCUAUAAAAAGGCUUCAGCUCGCUAUAUUUGCACCUAUGCUCUGCACCUCCCUAGAAUACAAUCUUAAAGUAUACUGUGUAGAAGACACACCUGAUGCAUUAAAGGAAGUUCUUGAACUGGAAAAGACUUUGGGAGGAUACCUUGUAGAAGAGCCAAAGCUACUAAUGUUUAAGGACAGUUACCACAAUUUACGUCUCUCCAUCCAUGAUAUUCCCCACUCAUUGUGGAGAAGCAAACUGAUGGCCAAAUAUCAGGAAAUCCCCUUUUAUCAUAUUUGGAGCGGGAGCCAGCGGACAUUACAUUGCACAUUCACGCUGGAGAGGUACAGCCUGGCAGCCACAGAACUAACAUGCAAAAUCUGUGUAAGGCAGGUUGAAGGAGAAGGACAGAUAUUUCAGCUCCAUACUUUACUAGAAGAGAAUGUCAAAUCAUUUGACCCAUUUUGUUCACAAGCUGAAAACAGUGUGACUACUCACCUGGGACCAUAUGCCUUUAAAAUUCCAUUCUCAAUCCGGCAAAAAAUCUGUAAUAGUUUGGAUGCCCCUAAUUCUAGAGGAAAUGACUGGAGGCUUCUGGCACAAAAGCUUUGCAUGGAUCGAUAUUUAAACUAUUUUGCUACCAAAGCAAGUCCCACAGGAGUUAUAUUGGACUUAUGGGAAGCCUUACAUCAAGAUGAUGGUGACCUCAACACUCUUGCUAGUGCCUUGGAGGAAAUGGGUAAAAGCGAGAUGAUGCUUGUAAUGGCAACCGAUGGGGAUUGCUAAUGACUUCGUUACUCAGUUGAUAUGAGUUGGUGAAUCUCUGAAAGACAAAGUAGGUUGGUGGAGGAUGUCCUCUGGCCAUUAACAAGAGACAGUUGUGGUCCUUGAUUAUGAUGAUAACUCCAGAACUACACUUUAGUAAGGAGAUGGGAUGGACAUUCUCCUUAAAGUCCAAUCGCAACCAGCCUUAGAAAUUCUUAAAAACUCUGUUUACAAGCCAUUCAAGUGUCUACUGGAAUAUAUUUAUGCCCUCGUUACUUGCAUACGAAAAAGGAAUUACUGGCAUCAUGGUAACUGCUGGCAGAUGUGUUCCACCUUAACAUGCUACGCUUUUAAUACUACAUAAUGUUAUAUUUUCUCUUUUUAUUCUCUUUUUCUAUCAUCAUUGGUAUCUGAUUACCCAAAACCAACUGAUUUUAUCGUAUCCAGAUUUGGAACAGCCUAACUGAUAUGGCAAAUGGUUUUUUUAGGAAAUGCAGCAUUAUUUAUUAUCCAGAUCUGUGGAUGAAUCUUUUUUUUUUAUAUAUUAAAUGACAAAAUUUGAGACUGUAUGAUUCCAUGAGGGCUGGUAACCAAGAAAGAUAGGCUGUUGUACAUCUAAAUUCAUCAGAAUACAGGCACUACUGGGAAAGGGUGGUGUAAAACUGGUAAUUUGCCAACGUGUUCCUUUAAAGGAGAAGGAAAGUCAAAAAUAAAAUAAAGCUUCAAUUAUUGGCCAAAAAAUGUAUAUAUACUUACCAGCAGACAUUUCUUCAUUCAGUUUUCCAUUCAUUCUUGCGCUGUAAUACAUUUUCAAAUAAGUGGCAAGCUGCACAGAAACGGAUUUCCAUGCUGCAGUCUAAAAACCCUUCUAAUCAGGGCACACGCAUGCGCAAUUCAGCUGAGAGGUGCCCUGCGCAUGCACACUAUCAUCUCCUGUCUUCCCUGAGAAGAGAUUAAGUUUGGGUCACGUGGUCUACCCAUUCGUCAUCCCUGACCUCUCUGCCCCGCCUGCAUCUACUCCCCCACCAAUCGUAUUUUAUGUUUCCCGUUGCCUAGUGGAAGCUUUGAAGCUCCUCCGCUCACUGGGGUUUUAAUUUAUAGUUUGCAGCGAGCGGAGGAGCAGAGGGCAAUUUAUUAUAAACAGCAUUGUGGACUGUCUGACAGGUCUGUAAUAUAUGUAUUAUCUGUCACUGUGCAGAGAAGUGUGCGCUCUUGUUGGCUAUGUCACAGGGUCAAGGAAGAGGCGCAUGCAAACUAGAGACAAAGCGCAGGGAGGAAGUGACGCACGGUUUUGAAAAUGGCAGCGCCAAAUGUUCUACUAUAGAAAAACUUCGGCAUUGAAGUGCACAAAAACAGUAAUGCUAUCACAAUUUUCAAUGCAGCGUUUCCAGAGGGGGAUUUAUGGUGAAGAGAAAGAGGGAGGUUAUCUUUUUUUACUUUCCUUCUCCUUUAAGCAAGUUUAAGUGGAGAAAUGUUCCCUAAUUUACCAUAUCAAAUGCCUGGCAAUAAACCUACACAGCUCAGGGAGACAUUACAUAAAACUUGCAAGUCACUGAGUAAGAUUAAUUCCUUUUACUACAAGGCAAGGCAUAUUACUUGAACACCAUGACUAUUAUGUUUUAAACAUUUUCAACGGAGGUAAAAGGUAACUUACAAGGUUUUUGUCUAAAAAAGAUGUCUUUAAUCUGGGAGGAGAGGCAAACGUAUGACUAUGAAAUGCAUCAGAUUUUAAUGUGAGGGGUUAUAUGUACAUGUCCAUUUU